AUGAAUUGCAAACUCCACCCGAGUGACAGAGAGGUGAUGUCAUCAGAUUCCCUAACUAGCUUAAAGUCUAGCAUGGACCUUACCCUAGAUGUUUCUCAGUUAGAAGGUUCUAGAUCUAUUCCUCCUAAUCUUCAUUCGAAGGUUGUGAAAUUGGAUUUUGAUUGUGGCAAACCUCCCAUAGUGUUUACAAGGGCUACCUCAAAAGGGUUCAUCUUAAAAAGCGUUGUAAGAGUGCUCAAGAUGAUCAACUCAUCAAGAUGUCUCCCCCCUAAACGAACACGUUCUGGUCGUGAAUCAAGAAGCCGAAGUCUGAAUGAUCUAUUUGACCCUCCGGCUCCCAAUGUUACAAGAUCUGAGUGUACCUCAGAGAAUCUUAAUACUAAUGUUUUUCAAGAAUGUCCAAUCGAACCGGACAGCAAAAUAAAGUGUGUGGAGGAUGAGGCAGAAGUGUCUCAUUUGGACAAAUCAGAAUCAGAGACCGUUACCGGAGGCCUCCCAGAAAAGAUCCCUGAUAACCCCCUUUUAGAGAAGGAAGACCCCAAAGGCCUGUCUGUUGUGGCAUUGUUCCAUCAGAAACUCUUCGGAUCUGGACAUGGUCGUUUUAUGGCAUCGGCCACCAAUUCUUUGGUAGUUAUAUCUAUUCCCAUUCCAUACGAUACCAUAAUUGUGACAACCCGUAAUUUAUUCCGUCACUGUAACCCGUUCCCAUUAAUAAAACCGUUCGUAUUCUAA